UGCCACCGCGGUGCAUGCUGGGUGAUAUUCAGGCAGGGUUAGGUAGCAGUAGCAGCCGGCUGACUCAACCUUCAGUUUCUGCUUGAGUUUCAGCCGUCCUGCGCCCUUCUGCUGCCUCAAUCUGACAACAUAUGGACGGCUCUGUCUUUAACUGAGUCAUGGACAUCAACGGACCACAUCUCACGGUGUAGCCAGGAGGAUUUUUUUUUUUUGCCGGAGCGCCCAUGGAGCCGGACGUGAUCCGCAUGUACUCCUCGUCCCCGCCGCCGAUGGAGGACGCCGCGGAGGAAGACGACGACAACGAGUUCGGGGACUUCGACACCUUCUCGGGCGUCCCGACCAGCAUCAGCUUCACGGAGUUCGACACCCCGACCACGUUCAACCAGACCCAGGCCCUGGGGGCCACCUCGCCGCCCGAGCUCCUGCUGCUCAACAACGGGCUCGGCUCGGCUAACGGAAGAUCGGCCCGAGCCCCGAGCGGCGAGUCGCCCAAGGCUAACGGCGUAGUCGCGUUGGGCUGCGUGGCCCCGGAAAGAACUGCCGAGACGAAAAAGGCUCUCUCGUCCUCCUCUUCCUCCACCUCCGCCUCCUCGGGCUCGCUGGGCUUCUCCGUGAGCGCAGACGCCACGACGGAUGGCACGGAAGAUCGCAACGGCGAGGUGCUAACGAACGGUUUCGCCACCUCUGACGUUCAGGGAAGCCCUUCCUCGCAGAACUCUGUCCACCGCUCUUCGCACACGAAAGAAGGAGCAUCCGCGGAGGACACGGGCAGCAGCGGCGGCAUUCCCGGGGACGAUUUCGCAGACUUUGCCGCUUUUUCCGAUGCCGAAGGACACUGUAACGUAGCACGGGGAACGACUUCAGAGGACGACGUCGGGGACACGAACGGAACCGGACCAGACGAGUCUGUAUCGCGCGACACGGACACGGAUUCGCGACAAAGGGACGUAGCCUUUGCUGCGCGGGAGCGCUUGGCAUCGGAGGGAGCGCUCGCUAACGGAGAGCUCGCGCCGAACGGUACGGAUGAGGCGUGCCGCUACGGCGAGCGAGAGCUCUCGUCGCCGGAUGGGAAGGGCUCCGGUAACGAGACGGAGACGGAGACUUCGUUGGGCCGGCCGCUGUCCACGGACGCCUUGGAGGAGUUCGGAGACAUGAGCGCCGCCACCGGCUCGGCGCCGUCUCCCCCGCUGCUCCACGGCGAGACGGCCACGCCCGGCGACCACAGCCAGCUGGCGGAGGACGACGACGAAGACGACGAUGAAGACGAAGACUUCGGGGACUUCGGAGACCCGGGCGCGCUCGGCGCCGGUCAGGGCUUCGCGGACUUCGAGCGGAGCCGGCCGGACAGCGCGAACGCCCCGGAGGAAGACGACUUCGGCGACUUUAACUCCCCCAAACUUCACGCCGGUUGCGGCGAUGACGGCGAGGGCCACGGCGAGUUCGGGGAGUUCCCCGUCAGCGACAGUUUCGGGAAUUUCAGCUCUGCGGCUGAAGGCGAGCCGGGCGCCGGGUGGAGCGCGUUCGGCGAGCAGCCGGCGGAGGACGGAGAGUCCUGGGCGGCGUUCGGCACGGAGCCGAGCGUUGGCGUUGCUGCUCCGCCGGCAGAGAGCCGAGAGGAGGAGGAGGAGGAGGAGUUAAAGGAGGAGUUAGAGGAGGAAGAGGAGGAGUGGCAUCAAAGUGAACAUCCUGCAGUCAGCGAGGAAACCAGCACGACAGACAGACAGUCGGCGUCUCUGUCGAGCCGACUGGAGAGGCUGUUUCAGGGCAGCUUCCCUCCAACCGCGGCGCCCUCGGUGGGGACUGACGUGGUGCCUCUGAGGGUCCUGCUGGGACCUCCGGAGGAGGAGGAGGAGGAGGAGGAGAAACCACAGCCAGGAGGAGCCCAGGAGGAGGCCGAGACAUCGCCGUGCAACAGGUCGGUACGUAGCAGCGUGUGGACGCAGCUUCAGGACAUCCACGAGGCCCUGGGCCUCCGAUACCAGUGGGGGGGCUCCUACUGCAACAAAGCACUACUCUGCUGCCUGGGCAUCGACACACGAAACAUCCUGUUCACGGGACAGAAGAAGCAGCCGGUCAUCGUGCCCAUGUACGCAGCAAGCCUGGGGAUGCUGGAACCAACCAAAGAGCCUGUGAAGCCCGUCUCUGCAGCGGAGAUGAUCGCUUCCAUAGCGCAGGCACCUCCGGUGGCUCCAGAGAAAAGCUCCUGUCCCUCAGACUCAGUCCAGCAGGAGGCGCUCCCACCCGUCCAGUUCGACUGGAGCAGCAGUGGCCUUACCAACCCUCUGGAUGCGAGUGGAGGCUCGUCUCUGUUAAAUCUGGAUUUCUUUGGUCCUGUGGAGGAUUCAGGCUCCAGCAGCUCUCCCUCCAUCCCAGGAGUUGACCCGGAGCUGUACGAGUUGACCACGGCCAAGCUGGAGCCGGGCAGCUCGGGCAGCCGCGUGGCCGACGCCUUCGCCCGCCUGAUGUCCACCAUGGAGAAGACCAGCACCGCCACCAGGAAGCCGAGGAAAGAGGAGAACCUGAGCGACGAGGCGGCCCAAGUGAUCUCCCGUCUGCCCGACCUCUCCUUCAUGCAGGCCAAGGUGCUGAUGUUUCCCGCCAUGCUGACACCUCUCAGCUGCCAGGCCGUGCCGGACGCAAGCCCCGCCCCCUUUUCAUGACAUCACCGCCCUCCCUCACAGAGGCCCCGCCCACUCUGUCCUCUCAGCUCAUCUUAACAAGUUGUCUUCUCCUUCUUUUUGUUUAGUUUUUUGUGGUCCUCUCGCUGCGUCUUAGUUCCUCCUUUUCAUACUUAA